GAGUCCAGUUCUUCGCCAGGCGCCGCAGUAGGAGGUGAAGACGAUUGGCGGCUCGCAGUUGUGCAUCAGAGAUGGGCUCCGGAACGAUUGCCUUCGUAGUGCUGGCAGCGUGCGCCACGGCCAGCGCUAUCGUAUUCAGCGAAGACGCCAAGCCCUCCGUAUACAACGACUUGGUGUGUCAGCUGCCCGAUGGCUCUGGUGGUCUGUGUCGUGCUGCCAGUGACUGUCCGUCAGCAUCCUCUGCUGAGGCAUGUGUUGCCAAAGGCCUUGUCUGCUGCCCCAGCACCACAACAUCCCCAGCACCUGCCACUGGUGUUGGCAUCAAAAGCAGGCAAGAAUGUGAAAAGAGUGCACAACUAGCUACAGUGGAUGAGUGCCCACCGAUUGAAAUGACUCCUGGCAAGAAUAUAGCAGUACCAGGCCUAUUCCCCUACCUAGCAGUACUAGGGUAUGGUAAUCUAAGUGACAGCAAAUGGCUUUGUGCUGGUGUGCUAGUGAGUGAAUCUUCUGUGCUCACCACUGCACGAUGCCUAGGAAAUCGUAAUCUUGGUAUUGUGAGCCGUGUACGCCUGGGUGAUGUUGACUUGACAACACCAAAUGGUGACGACGAAACUGUGCAGCUGAUCGAUGUUGACAAGGUAACCCCACAUCCCUUGUACCAACCACGAAGCAGGUUCCAUGAUGUGGCUGUCCUGCAUCUACGCACACCAGCUAAACUAAGCUCACGUGUUCGUCCUGCUUGCUUGAAUUCAUUAACACAGCUCCCAACAAAUCGAGUAAUUAUUGCAGGAUUUGGAGCAGAAAGCAGUCGAUCAACAGAAUUUGGCACAGCACGCUAUGUGGAUGUCACUGAAAUACCUGCAUUACAGUGCCAAAAAGCACUCCCACAACUGACUCGCAUAGGUGUCAAAGUUAAUGAGUCACUGAUAUGCGCUGCAGAUGAAGCUGGUGGCCGUGACUCUUGCAGGGGUGAUUCUGGAGGCCCCCUUCAAGUUCGGCUUGACAAACCUCACUGUCAGUUCAGUGUUGCUGGAUUAAGUUCUUUUGGACCAGUGUUCUGUGGGGAGCCAGGUGUCCCUUCUGUGUAUACUAGCAUUGCUGAGUACUUAGAGUGGAUAGAGUCUGUUGUUUGGCCUUAAAUAUUGGGUAUCAGUGUGAGAGAUGAAAGUAUUAUUCAGAUAUGAAAAGUGGUACUCAGCACUGCAGACAACUCUUGACAGUUUACUAUGCAGUGUAUUUAAUGAACUGCAGAUGAGUAGGGUGGAGUGUUAAAAGUAUUGUUGGAAGACAGUAAAAAUGCAAAUGUUGCAUCUGUGAUUUGGAAUUUAUUAUUGGUAAGCAAAAAAAAAAAAAAAAACAAAAAAAAACCUCUGUCAGAUAUUCAAUAUGGGCUCAUACUUAUUUUUGCAGCCCAUUUCUACACUGCCAUUUCCAUUUCAAUUUUUACAGCUUUAUGGUGACUACAGCAAACACUAAAUAAAAUUUGAGAUAGAGAAUGUUUACAAGAAGCAAAGUAGAUACUAAUGCAGUGGUUUCAGAAGUUAUAAAGCUCAUAAAAGACCAUAUUAUUUCAAUCACAUUGCUUUACCAGUUCUUACAAUUUUGUAAUUGAAUUAAAAACUAUUGUAAAUGGUGAAUGUGAAUUUCUAAAUAAAGGAACUGAAUCCUU